AUGGAAUCUUCAGGUUCGCUUCACAACAACAACAUUGUUGGAACCAACAGCUCUUUUCACACCAGUCACAAAACCAUCAAUUUAGCCUCCGAGCCAUCCAACAAUAAGAAAGGGAGGCGAUCCGCUUCAUUUGUCAACGACAACAACAACGGCAACAAAAGCAAGAAUGAACCCUCCUCUGGACGAGCAGACGUUGUCAUUCUUGCCGCCAAUGCUGGCCUUUCCAGUGAUGCUACACAACACCAAGGCUUUGUCUCAUCAAUCACAGAAGAAAAGGAAGAAGAAGAAGAAGAAGAAAGGAAGCGGAAUGCAUUGAAAGACUCGAAUGAAAGCGCCAAAACAUUGGUGGAAUGGAAAGGCAAACUAUUCAAUCCGCCAAACAUGAUCCUUUCACAAGAUGAAAAAGAAAUCCUCAAGGAAGCCAAGAGGAUGGUUCGCUAUAGAAAAGCCUUGGCGGAUUCCAAGGGAACCAAUCACAAGGACAAGAUUGUAUGUUUCUUUAAGAUCCUGCAUCGUAUCUUUAAAAAGCUAAUCAAGAAAGGAGCACAGUGCUAUUCACCAUCUACUUUGGACAAGAAUAGCCCGUUGGUGGUUUACGCCUGUGUUCAACUUCGAAGCAACCAAAGGGAGCCUACGCUAAUCAAAGUUGGCAAGACACUAAACUGGGAGGAACGAAUGAAGCAUAUCUUUAUUACUAAUGAGACUUUUACGUUUGCAAUGGCAUUGGCGACACUUGACGAGAUCAAAGAGCUAAUUGAUGCUGACGAUAUUCAGGAGAUUGUAAAUCUAAAAUUUGCAUCUUUUGGAACCCAUACUGAUCACACGCAAGUGUCAAUUGAUGAAAUCUAUCUUUACGUUUAUGAGGCUUUCAUGGCUUGUGCAAUUCAAGGCAAUGCUGUAAGGUGUAUCACAGUGCAUGUCCUGGAACGCUUUGUCCUUGUGCCAACCACAGGGUCUCAACUGAUACAGAACGCCAAGGUCCGCAGAAACGGUGUCGUCCUCGAGAAUCCAGACGAACUUGACGAAACCAAUGAAUUGGAUACGGAUUAUUUCGUCGUGAAUGAAUUCAAGUCCUUCUUCUUUGGCAAUGAUGAAGUUCCAGAAGAUCUCAUCAUCAAGUUGAUUCUCACUUGGGCAACCACAAAGUCAAAGGUUUACAAUAUGGCUCCUGAAGAAUACCUUGGAACCAUCCUCAAGGAUCUACCAGAAGGAGACUUUCUGAAGUUGUACUUGCUCAUCAAGGGCGCCUUUUGCGGACGGAAUGUCACCUACCAAGAUGUCAUUGAAAGACCACCUGGAAUCGAGCUACUUGAAACCGUUGUCCAAGAUCUUUUGGCACUUCCUCCCAAUCCGCAAGGGCCACAAAUUGAUGCCAUUUUGAAUCCGAUUCUAAAUGGAACCUACAUUCACCCCACAGGUCAAGACUUGGCGAAUGCCUUUGUUGCCAAGUACGUGCAACUUGUUGCCGAAAACACGCCACAUACCAUUCACUAUGUGGAACAGUGUCAAAUUGAUGCUCUGCAGACUCAUUGUCCGACGUUUUUCAAUCAAGAAUUUGAAGAAGGCGAAUCCUUUGAAGUGGAAGACUUUCUCAAAGGUUACUGGACAAAAAGGAAUCUCAAAUUCAUCGUGACGCAUUCGCAUUUUGUCUCUUUUUCUCCAAACACUUCUCGAACUUCUUAUACCAUGGAAAGCCGUAUCCACAACAUGAAAUCCCUCCUUGUGUUCUUGUAUCUAUCUUCUUCCAUUGGUCUCACAAAUGAUAAAAAUGACCCAGGUUUCCAACAGUUUGUACUAGCAAUGGAAGGCUAUCAUAUGGAUCUGGAAGCCGCUUUGCAAUCUCAAGGGCAAGUGUGGCCACGCUUUCGAGCUAUUCAAUGCCUUCCCCAAGGCUAUUUGAAAGGGAGCUUUGUGCAUGCUGGGGUGGUCGCAAGGAAUAUCCGAUUUGGUCUGGAAGUCAGCGCCUUGUUGUACAUUCAAUUUCGAAUGUUGGAGGAUGGUUACUUGAUAGAAUUCCUCAACUUUCUUCGGGCUUGUGGAAUUCAUCUUGGUGACAAUCGAGAUCUAGAUUGGAAUUCUCCUUGCCCGUCCUUUCCCAAUUUCGAGUGCACUGGACUGCCCCAAACUGUCAAUUUUCCUCCGCGAGGUUGCCAUUCGGUUGGAAGCGAAGAAGGUGAUACUUUCUGCAUGUAUGGCGCUAGUGUCGAACCAGAUGCCCUUGUAUGUCCUGGUAGAAUGAUGUGCCGUAGCUGUCAUCGCUUGAUGGAAGUACGUGAAAGGGAUAUCUUGCGAGGCAUGGUUGCACGGACAGGUUGCCAACAACGUCGAUUGACCUUUCUGGAACAACGGACACGGACUGCACAACGCCACCGUCAAAUGGCAAAUCAAGGAUCGCAGAGUUUUUUAGAAGCCGAACGAUUCCGAGCUCGUCUCAACGAAUCCCAGCAUUAUUGGGUGUCACAUCGACGACGCUCGGCAAUUCGCGAUGCAACCCGUACUGACAAUCGCUCAGGAACCCACAUGGAAGACACAACAAGGACUGGACUCUUUGAAUACAAUGAUAGCAUGCAAGAGGUCCUGAAGUGGACUCUGUUGGUACUGUUUCAGCACUAUCCACUGGAGAUGGAUAGGGGGAAUGGCGGUCGGCGUGUGAUCCCUAAGCAAACACUCCAAAAGUGUUUGAUGGAUGUGCUCCAAGUCGUAGGACCGGUAUACAAUCUCACUGGACCCCGCGCCGGCAACCGUAUCAAGUAUCGUAAACCCGGUUUCGAACGUGCCUUCAAUGAAGCUCUUGAUCAUGUGCCAAAUACCUUGACUUGGCAAGUCAAACAGCAAUACCUUGCGUUUGUAACGGAUGGGACAAGGCCGGACUGGUACAAGAAAAAAGUGCAUCUUGAAAUCAUUCCUGAAGUGAAGCGCAUUAUUCUUCAGGAUCUGAACAGAUAUGGAAGACCUUGA